GAAAAGUAUCUUAGCAAAGUUGGCUGAAGUGUGAAACUCCAAACUUCUGUUUACACUUUCUGGUUUUUGAAAGAGCCACAACAACUUUUAAACGGACUGAAGUGACAUUUGCCGACUAUUCUGUUGCGAGAACCAGUCGAUUAACUCUUCGUUCUCCACCUGCCGAUCAGCGCUCGGUCGAUGCCUGCUGCUUACCUCCAUACAGAUGGGAGGUCAGAGGUUUGAAAGGUCGGGACUGUGUGCAGAGUUUCCCCGGCUGUCUGGAAAAUAUGAUUACAUAGAAAACCAAGCCGGCCUGGAGAACAUAACAGAAGUCGACCUUAUCUUCUACAGAGAGCUGAAAAACCUCACGGUCACAUUUUGCAAGCUGAGGUUCAUCUCUGCCUACGCCUUCCAAAACAACCUCAAGCUUCAGUAUGUAAACUUGGCAUCAAACUCUCUGGAGCACAUCAGCUGGAAGGUGUUUCAUUUUCUGCCUCUGCUUAACCUCGUUUUGAGAGACAACCCUCUCAUUUGCUCAUGUGAGCUCUACUGGCUGAAGCAGUGGCAAGAACGCGGUGACCUGGAUAACCAAAUGUUGUCUUGCUUGUCCGAUGGCGAGAAAAUAUCCCUUUUCAAUCUGAUGAUAGAAAACUGCAGCCUGCCUGAGGUGAAGAUUACCGCCUCGCAGGAUAAGAUUCUGGAAGGAGGCAACCUUACAUUCGUAUGUGAGGUGGAAGGAAGUCCCACUCUCACCGUGAGAUGGCAGACCGAGGCCCUCCACUCUCACUUUUUUACCAAGCUGCAGGAGAGCAGAGACUCUGUGCUGGAGCUGGUCCUUUACCUCACCAACGUUUCCUCCAAAGACAACCUGCACAACCUGACUUGCGAGGCCGAGAACCAAGCUGGGCCAGGGGAGAGGAUGGUGCAAUUGGACAUUGAGUUUCCAGCCAGAAUAAACUUCCUGAAAAAUGCUGUGCCGCAGCACCACUGGUGUUUUCCGUUUGCCGUGGACGGCAAUCCCGAACCGAACAUCACCUGGCUUUACAACGGCAAGAAAUUAAACGAGACCAGAUACAUAUACACGCAGCCCAUCAUAGAUUCAGGCGAUGGAUCGGUGAAGCACGGAUGUCUCUUCCUUGACAAGCCAACCCACAUCAACAAUGGCAACUACACUCUGAUUGUGGAGAACAAACUGGGAAGAGAUGAGGCCACCGCACUUGGGUUGUUCAUGGAGAACCCCUUUGACAGUUUUGAGGGGAUAAUUCCAUUCGUCGUGGAUCAAAGUCCUACAAACAAAUCAGACAUGGACGUCACAGAAAACCCAGAGAGUCGGAUGUAUUUGGUGUAUGUGGCCGUGGGUCUCGGUGUGUUUGCUUGCAAACUUCUGCUCAUCAUGGUUUUGGUUGUCUACAAAUGUGGCCAUCAUUCCAAGUUUGGAAUUCACAGAUCAUCAGUUCUGGGGAAGGAGGAUGACCUGGCCGUGUCACUGCGCUUCAUGAACUUUGGUACCAGCCCGCCUUCCUCCGAUGAAGACUCUGGCUUGUCUAGCUUCGUAGAGAAUCCACAGUACUUCUGCAGCAUAAUCAAAGACAAAGACAUGUGUGUCCAGCAUAUUAAAAGGCAGGAUAUUGUUUUGAAGUGGGAGCUGGGGGAAGGAGCGUUUGGCAAAGUCUACCUGGCAGAGUGUGCAAACCUCAGCCCCGACAACGACAAGAUGCUCGUAGCCAUCAAGACUCUGAAGGACGCAAAUGAGUCCACCCGGCAGGACUUCCAGCGGGAGGCGGAGCUGCUGACGGUGCUCCAACACCAGCACAUUGUGCGGUUCUACGGCGUCUGUACCGACGGAGAGCCGCUGGCCAUGGUGUUUGAAUACAUGAGACACGGAGACCUGAACCGCUUUCUUCGAGCUCACGGCCCUGAUGCUCACAUCCUGGAUGAGUCCAAGAUGCCCCCGCUGGGUGAGCUCACUCUGCCUCAGAUGCUGCACAUCGCUGCUCAGAUUGCCUCAGGCAUGGUCUACCUCGCAUCGCUGCACUUCGUCCACCGUGACCUGGCAACUCGCAACUGUCUGGUUGGAGAGGGUCUGGUGGUCAAAAUUGGAGACUUCGGCAUGUCCAGAGACAUCUACAGCACGGAUUACUAUCGGGUGGGUGGACGUACAAUGCUCCCAAUCCGCUGGAUGCCCCCUGAGAGCAUCAUGUACAGGAAGUUCACGACGGAGAGCGACAUCUGGAGCUUUGGCGUGGUCCUCUGGGAGAUCUUCACCUAUGGGAAACAGCCAUGGUAUCAGCUGUCCAAUAGCGAGGCCAUUGAAUGCAUCACGCAGGGACGGGAACUGGAGAGGCCACGCACCUGCCCGAAGGAGGUCUACUUGCUGAUGCAGGGCUGCUGGCAGAGAGAGCCCCAGCAGAGGAUGGUCAUGAAGGACAUCCACAGCCGUCUCCUGGCCCUGGUCAAGAACCCCCCGGUUUACCUGGAUAUCCUGGGCUAGAGGGGCCGAGGGCCAAACAGCUGUGAUGCUUCGUGGGCAGUAACAUCUGCUUUGACCUUUUUGCGCUGCAGUUUUGCCUCAUUCCAGCUCGACUUUGACCCCUCAACUGUUUACUGCCCCGUCCUUCUCUGGAAACCUGUCACAUGUUUACCAAAGUGUUUAAUGUUUAUCUGAGGUGGGAUCAGCCUGAUGGAGGAGCGUGCAUGGAUAAGGAAUAAAAUAACUGUGCAUAGGCUCUUGCUGGGAAUCUAAUGCCACAUGGUCUCUGGAGUCCCUUCGUCAGCUGAGCUGCGACACAUUUUAAAUGACUUUUAGCUGACGUGCUUGUGUUGGUUUAGAAAGCAAAAACUCGUUUUACAGAUCUGAGUACAGCAGAUAGUCAUUUGUAUAGUACUGUCACUGAUUUUGGAUAAGUUUUGAUAUAGAGGGUUAUUAAGAAAACAAAGAAAAAAAGCUUUCAUUAAUGUAUAUAAGAUAGUCACAGCCAAACCUUGUUUGUUUCUCACGUGUCAGAUUGAGUGUAUCAUAUGAAUAUUUUUCAGAAAAAAAAAAAAAAGAACAAGAUGUCAGACGUUAGCAGUGAAAAUGUUUCCUGGUAUAUCAACGACUGUGUUUACAUUUAAUUACUGUCAAAUAUGAACUUCCGAAGAGCGACUUUUCAGCCUGCAGCCGCUCGUGAGACUCGCUCAGGAGCGGAUUUUGGACAGAUCAGCCAUGUUUAACAUGCUACUGUAACGACCUUCAGAAUCAAAGUGCUGCAGUGAAAUUUGGUAAGGGGGCAAGCUGGUGGGAGGUGACACCCCGAGAGGUAACAGAUGGGUUAAAGCGAGACUCCAGGAGGAGAGGGACAGAUGGCACUGAAAGUGAAACUGGAGGUGAACCCACCACCGUAACAUUUGUCAUUCCAACAAAUGGGGCAUUGAGAGGGUGAAAGACGGGGUGUGUAAACCACUGCGAUGCCUUUAAGUGUACAUACUGAGUGUAUAUACUCUGUAUUAAUGUCUAAAACAAAUAUAUAUAUAUAUAUAUAUAUCUUCAUGUAUUGUUACUCCAGCACUUUGUAUAUUGUCUGCCCUUAA